GCCGUGGUAGCUGGAGAUACCUUGAUGAAUCAGUCACCUUUUCUAUCUGCCUCUCUACAGGAACACACUGUGAACUGUUUAAGGACCCCUGUGCUAAUGUCAGCUGUCUGAACGGAGGCACCUGUGACAGCGAGGGCCUGAAUGGCACAUGCAUCUGUGCACCAGGGUUUACAGGGGAAGAGUGUGACAUUGACAUCAAUGAAUGUGACAGUAACCCUUGCCAUCACGCUGGAACCUGCUUGGACCAGCCCAAUGGCUACACCUGCCACUGCCCUCAUGGUUGGGUGGGAGCAAACUGUGAAAUCCACCUGCAGUGGAAGUCAGGACACAUGGCGGAGAGCCUCACCAACAUGCCCCGGCACUCGCUCUACAUCAUCAUCGGCGCCCUCUGCGUGGCCUUCGUGCUGAUGCUUAUCAUCCUCAUAGUAGGCGUCUGUCGCAUCAGCCGCAUUGAGUACCAGGGCUCGGCGCGGCCCGCCUACGAGGAGUUCUACAACUGCCGCAGCAUCGACAGCGACUUGAGCAACGCCAUCGCCUCCAUCCGGCAUGCCAGGUGGGGUCAGGUGGGGCCAGGUGGGCGCCAG